AAAACAGUAGCAGUACUACACCCACCCUGGUUGGCACUUUUUGAAAGGGCAGGUGCAUUGGCCUUUUCCUAGAAGCGUAAGACAAAAGGAAAUCCAAAGACAACAGAUGGUUUAUGAAGACUCAGAAUCGACCAAAACCCAGUAAAAGAGGCUGUUGAACAGGAACAGAGUUGACAAGCGCCCAGGGGUUUGUUUGGCCAGGGAAAUAAAAAUGAGCUUCAAGAUACUAUUUCCUAAUAUUGAAAUAAUUCUUAAGUUCUCUUAAAAUAUGGAUUAAAUCCUAAACUUUCUACAUAAAUUUAUUCAACUUUUACUUAACUACGUCAUUAAUAAAAACGAUGCCUCGUAAAAAAGAAAAGAAAGAAUAAAAAAUAUACCAGGGGAGAAAAAGGAAGAGAAAAAAACUUCGUGGGGUGAAGGCUUGGCUUUGACGAAAGGAAAAAGAAGCAGCAGCUCAGCUUAGCUUAGCUCAGCUCAGCUCAGUCCCCUCUGUCGCUGCUCCCAGCUUCUCUCUUCCAUUUCUCUCCGGUAAGACGAUAAGCUCCUAUGUCUUUGGUUCUCUGCAAACCGCAUUUUCUCUCAAGAAAGUUCUCCCCUUUUCUCGUUCUCUUUUGUAAUGAUCUCCUUUUUAUUUUUUAUUUUUUAUAUUUAUUAUUUAUUAUUUUUAUUUUUCUCAAAAAGGAACCUUUGUAGUUGUCCUUGUUCUUUUGUAGUUUGAGAUCUGAAAAUUGGGUAGGACGAGGGGAUUUGAUGACGAUGGUUUGAUUUUCUUAACUGUGAUUCCGAGCGUACAUCAACUUUCCAGUGUGUGUUGGAUCUGGGGAUUGGAGAAAAAUGUUUUCGCUGCGCUGAACGGAAUUCUUCACAUCUCUGUCUUUUGGUUGGUGUGAUUGAAUAUUUAUGCAUAGGAAAAAAAUUUGAUGUUGACACAUGGUUGAAUAUUAUAGAAUUUGUAAUGCGAGCGCCUGUACGGUCUCUCGGAUUCUGGUGCAGUUACAGUUGUUUCAGACGAGGAAAUCUACAUAAAAAUGAUGAUAACGUUGAGAUGCCUCUGUCUUUAAAAGCCUAUCGACUUUAAUAAGUCACUUGAUGUUGCUUGACCGAUUUCGUUCUGCUACUGCAAAUGUAUUCUUGGAGUUCAUGAGGAGUUCUAUUUAUGAAAUGGUGGGAAUUUGAAUUUGUGCUUCUCUCUGACUCCGCUUUAGUUGCAUUAUUGUAAGUCGGAGUGCCUCUGAGGAGGGCCGUCCUCUUGAAAGAAGAUGAUUGAACAGUUCAUCAAUUUUGUGAUUCGCCCCCCAAGGGCAGAGUAUAAUCCAGAUCAGUAUUUAUGGGAAAAGGAUUUCACUCUUGCAGGCAGAACAUACAAACGACAGGAUUUGGAGCUUACUAAUGGAAGGGGUCAUACGUUGCAUUGUAGUCAUUAUGUGCCUUCACCUUUCCCAGAAGACACUCCUCUUCCCUGUGUUAUAUACUGCCAUGGAAACAGUGGAUGUAGGGCAGAUGCGAAUGAGGCUGCUGUAAUUCUUCUCCCAUCAAAUAUUACUGUUUUCACACUUGAUUUUUCGGGCUCAGGCUUAUCUGAUGGUGAUUAUGUCAGCCUUGGUUGGCAUGAGAGGGAUGACCUCAAAGUUGUGGUGUCUCAUCUAAGAAGCAACAAGCAAAUAUCACGUAUAGGUCUUUGGGGACGAUCCAUGGGUGCAGUUACUAGUCUUCUUUAUGGAGCAGAAGACCCCUCUAUAGCGGGAAUGGUGUUGGAUAGUGCCUUUUCAAACUUAUUUGAUCUAAUGAUGGAACUUGUGGAUGUAUACAAAAUCCGACUUCCUAAAUUUACAGUUAAGAUGGCAGUACAGUACAUGCGACGAGUAAUUCAAAAGAAGGCAAAGUUUGAUAUUAUGGACCUUAAUUGCUUGCAGGUUGCACCUAAAACAUUUAUUCCUGCUCUAUUUGGCCAUGCUACUGAGGACAAAUUCAUUCAACCCCACCACUCUGACAUCAUUUUCAAGUCCUAUUCGGGAGAUAAGAAUAUUAUAAAGUUUGAUGGUGAUCACAACUCUUCUCGACCACAGUUUUAUUAUGAUUCAGUUUCCAUCUUCUUCUACAAUGUUCUACAUCCUCCUCAAGUUUCUUCUGUUUAUCCGAGUAAGCUUGACAAAUAUUAUGAUUUAGGAGACCUGAAGAUUGGUGCUGGUAUGGAUGAGAGAGUGUUAUAUGAGAUAAUUGCUGGUCUUCGCACUGCUGGGACUGAUGCUGCAAGCUCAUCAUCUGCUCCUCCUAGCAUCUCAAGCACAAAAUUCGUAGGCGAAUUUCUUUCUGAAAUUGCACCAGUCACUAGUGUUUCCAUGCUCAAUGAAGAAAUUAGCAUUAAUGGUGAUGAUCCAUUACACUUUCAGGAUAAGCCAAAUGGUCAGAAUGAUGAAUGUUGCUCAUAUACAAGCUCAAAUAGAGAGAGUUGGGGAAGAUGCUCAUCUUUAGGAGGCAGUGAUGAAGAAACUUCUGCUGAUUGUGCAGCUGCUAACAAUAGCCAUCAGAUGACUCUAAAGGCACUUGCAACGCCUCUUAGAAGCACACAACAAAAACCGUCAGAUCCACCAGAGGAAAAGAAGAAGAAGAAGACAAAACCACCAACAGCUCCUAAGAAGCCUAAACGCGAGAAAUUUGAAAAACUGGAGGCCCUUAGCCAACGGCUGCGUCUUUGCAUUCUAAAGCGUGUUAAUCAUAGGAGACAUCAUUCUUCAUGAAUGCUUUCAUACAACAGAAUGGUCUUUGUAACUGUAGUUGUUUCUUUCACUUUCACUACCCUUCCUUGCAUCCUGUAUGUUUUCUUCCCAACAGACAUGGGCUCUGAUCUGAUUAGUGGGUACCAUUUAGUUUGGAGAUUCUCCUAAUUUGCUUCAUGUAGAUUGAAUGAAUUUAAAUCUUCAGUGACACUACACCUAUCUUUGUAUAGCAUGAAAGGUGUUAAUUUGCUUUCUGUAAAUUGUAUGAAUUGCAAGCUUAACUUGCUUGGCAUGAAAAGGCGGUGGUUGAUGAAUGAAUAUGGAUUUUAAGGUUUAAGAA